GCAGGCCGAGCCAGCGCCAGUCUCGCCUACAUGACGCCGCCCCACACUCUCACACAGCUGAUCUCAGGGGCUACUGCGACUGCUGCAGUUCACGCCACAGAGCAAGAAGCUGGACAGUGUGUUACGGGAUAGAACCAAUGCAAGAAGAGAAGAGAGCGAAGAAAAGUUGAAGGAAAGACUGAUUGAACUGAAGUUUUUAAAAGAGCCAAGAGGAAGACAUGAAGUUGUGGAUGAAAUGACAGGUACAGACUCAUAAACACAUGCACACAGGAAUGUGCAUUAAUGACUGGAGUCGUUAUUAAGGAACCUUGGAUGGAUAACAGUGCAGCUGGAGGUCAGUGGCAGAGUGACCCCAAUUUUACAGAAAGGACUGUUAACAAGAAAAUUGAAUCUAGACUAAUUUGCGGUAAGGGGCCAAUUUGGCUGAAAAAAGUCUCCAAGGACACAUUUUUGUUACACUUGACAGAUUCCUGUCUUUUUUCCAGCAAGGUGAGGCACAAUAUUAUUAUCUAGAGUCACAACUCAACUGGACUGUCACCUGGAAACUGGAAAUUUUGAACACUGCAAGAAUAAAGCCCCCACCAGCCACUCUUUGGGCAGCUGUCACUGUUGAGAUGAUUCAUAACACACUUAAGUCCACCCAGCCAUCGGAGCACAGCCCCAGGAGAACACACUCAGCCGCACAGAGGAAGCUGUGGAGAUACUCGGGCUGCAGAGGGGCCAGCCAGGUGGAAUGUCACCGUCGCAGUGUGUGUGUGCUGGCUGCAGACUUGAACGCUGGAGGAGAAGGAGGAAGAGGAGGUAGUGGAGGUGUGAUGCACACUAUCCACGGGCUGUGCCACCUCUGCAUCGGAUGUAGGCUGCCUCAGGUGACCAUCCUCCGAGGAAAGGAUGGAUUUGGCUUCACAAUCUGCUCGGAUUCCCCUGUGAGGGUGCAGGCUGUUGAUCCAGGGGGUCCUGCGGAUCAGGCAGGUCUGCAGCAGUUGGACACUCUCCUGCAGCUAAAUGGUCAGCCAGUGGAGCAAUGGAAAUGUGUGGACUUAGCACAUGCUAUCAGAAACAGCGCCAAUGAAAUCAUACUGGUGGUGUGGCGCACAGGCCCUUCAGCUAAGCCUAAUUUUGAGGGCCUCAUCCAUCGGCCCUCCUACAAGCCGUCCACCUCAAACUAUGAUGCCCCCUCACCCCCCACUCGCAGGCGUGCACCAGAUGUUGGAACUAGCAAAACCCCUCCAGCUGUGCCGCCUCUCCCAGCCCACCACCGUGCCAGCGCCACCCGCAGGCUGCUGGUCAACGGCUCCGAAGCUGGAAAUAGCAGUGGCGUAGGCGCAGGUACCCUGGGCUGGGGGGCCCAGGGAGGGUCAGCCGAGGAGCUAGAUGGGAAACCGCGACACCUCCACCACCCUCACACUGCCACACUGAAAGGGACCAGGGUGAAGGCAUCCAACGGGGACAACUACAUCAUCCUGGCCCCCAUCAACCCUGGAAGCCAGGUACCGCAGACUGGUGGUGGACUGCAUCUUCAUCAUCUUCUUCGUCCUCCCCAUCCUCACCACGGUCAUAUGAUCUUGAGGCCUGUUUACCAAGACAACCAGGGAACAUUAGCUGCCAGGUUAUACCCCACACGGCAGGCCUCUGGUUCACAGCAUCAGGGUGGUGGUGGGGGUGCUUUUUCUGGAGGUAUGAGUAGUGGUGGUGGUGGUGGUGGUGGAGGAGGUGGUGGGGGUCUCUCCAGCCGUACUGGCUUCCUGCGCCGGUCUAACAACUCCAAGACAACAAAGACGGCAUCCACCUCCACUAACAUUGGUGUACCCAACUACCAACAGCAGAAUUCCAACUUUGCUAAUUACCAGAACUGUACCAUUGUCCGCUCACACACUCCACAUGGCAACUACGGAUAUGUCAAAGUGGCACCCAAGAUCCUUAUCUUCCCCAUCUUUGUUCAGCCUCUUGACCUGUGCAGCCGAGCUCUCAUCCUAUCUGAGGAGAUGAUCCUGCAUGAGAGCAAGCACCACUCUCUCAAGGUUACAGUGUUUGUCUAUAGUGACCUGAUGCUGGUGACAAGAGAAGAUGAGCCAGGCAGGUGUAAUGUCCUUCAGAGUCCCCUGUUCCUUCGACAGCUGAGGCUCCAGGACGAUUAUGCUGAAGAACUGAGAUUCUACCUUAUUCACAUGACGGAGAAGUGUGACUGCCUGCUUAGCCUGGAAGCCUAUUCAGCCGACCAGAAGCGCCGCGUGUGUCAGUGCCUGAAGGACAACAUUGACAAGCAGCUCCAGCUUCACAGGAGGGAGCCUUCCUUUCCGCAUUUUGAGCAGAUGUUGGAGCCUAAGUUAGAUGACCCUUCCUGUGAGCUGGGUGGAGUAGGAGGUGAUGUGUGCCUCCAUCUGCCCACCCGCAGCUCAGAAGGUGAGGAAAGCAGCCUGUAUCCAUCCAGUCCUUCAGAGCCCCAAACCCUGGGCAGUCCUCACCCCUCAGAUCCUCUCACCCCUUUGGAUGAGAUCUACAUGCCUCUCGGGGGUCUGGUGGGAUCUGAAGAGCGACAUAAGGUGCCUCCCACACCACCUCCUUCCACCGAGGGCGAGGAUUGGAGGAGCAUGGAAGGGAACGAGAUGGAGAUCUGGAGAGAGACAAAUGCUUUGGAGAGCAGGAGAGAGGAAGAGGGGGAUGAUGGGGCCAGCAGAAAGAGUGCAGAAAGUGAGGGGGAAGAGAAAGAAGAAGAUAAAGGAAGAGAGGAGGAGGGAGAAAGGAAUGAAGAGGAAGUCAACCUAAACCUGAUGGUGUCAAACACAGAUGACGACAACGCCUCGGAGCCACUAGACACCAACGCUCCCCCGUCCUCCUCCUCAUCCUCAUUCGUCAUCCCUGAACUACGCCUUGAUCGCUCCUUCAGCGCCGAUGCCCUCUCCUCGCCCAACACUGACGAAGAAGAGUACGAUGAAGACGAAGACGAGGAGUCCGAUGAGGAGGAGGAGGAUGAAGACGACAGUGAUGAUGCCUACCUGCAGCGUAGUGACAGCAAGCGCCGCAGCAUGGUGGAGGGGGCCACCUGUGAGAAGCAUGGAGGAGGGGGGCUCAGUGUGCAGAAUUCCCUCCGCAGGCGCACCCACAGUGAAGGGAGCCUCCUGCAAGACCCCCGCACGCCUUGUUUCACCUCCGACAACGCUAUCAACUGCCUGGAGGCGGGGGGAGCACACCACAAGGGUGGCUGGACACUCCCAUCACCUAAAACCCUGAAGAAAGAGCUGACCAAGAAUGGAGGCUCCAUGCAUCAGCUGUGUAUGCUGUUCUCUGGGAGGAAGCUGAGCUCCGGAUCCCCCUGUAGCUGUGAGGUCAGCCCCGAAGGAACAAAGAAGAAGAAAUCCAAGAACCUGGCCAAAGACAUGAAGAAUCGGCUGGCUUUCCUUCGGAGGAGGAAUGAAUCCCCAGGAAGCAAUCCAGCCAGCAAGUUAGACAAAUCUAUGAAGUCAGUCAAGCCCACCCCAGAGGAAGCACUGAAAUGGGGGGACUCACUUGACAAGCUGCUCACACACAAAUAUGGUCUGGCAGCGUUCAGAGCUUUCCUGCGCACAGAGUUCAGUGAGGAGAAUCUGGAAUUCUGGCUAGCAUGUGAGGAAUACAAGAAGAUCAAGUCGCAGUCCAAGAUGGCCUCAAAAGCCAAGAAAAUCUUUGCAGAAUACAUCGCUAUCCAGUCUUGUAAAGAAGUAAAUCUGGAUUCGUACACCAGAGAUCACACUAAGGACAACCUGCAGAAUGUGACACGCUCCUGCUUUGAACUAGCGCAGAGGCGGAUAUACGGGCUGAUGGAGAAGGACUCAUACCCCCGCUUCCUGCGCUCAGAACUCUACGUGGACUUAAUCAACCAAAAAAAGGCCAGCUCCACUCCGACGUCAUCUUCGUCAUAAGAGACCAGAAAAAGAUCAAAGGAGAAGAUGACGAUGAUGAUGAUGAGAGAGAAAAAAACAGGGUCAGACUUGAAAAAAAAUAGUGGGUGGGUGGGAUGUGAGGGUCUUUGUUUGCCUUUUUUUUACAUUUUCUUUGUGUAUGUCAUCCUGUCCACUAUGAUUUUUGUUGUUGUUGUGGUGUGAGAGGACGCGGCAAAGCUAUGGCACUGCAAAGGAAUGUAGUUUACACAGUUACCAGGUGGAUGGAUGAAUGAAUAGACUGAUGAAUGGAUGGAUGGGUGUUCCUAAAAAUACAGAAGCCAACAUACGAGGGCUGGAGCAGGAGCUGGACGCUUGUCUGAUCACUGUCUCUCUUUUUUGUGGUGUCAGUCUUUUGGUUGUGUUUUUGCCCAGUUGUACUGGAGAAAAGGAGGGGUUGCUCAGAAAACCCUGCAGACAUGAAGACAGUCCGGCACUGUUUUGUCACUUUUUUCCCUUAAUUUCCCUUUAAAACUCCCACUUUAAAUGCCCUCCUUUCCUCCUCCACAUUCUCUGUGAAGCCACUUCAAAGCUGUCGGUACGACACAAAGUCCUUCAUGUUUUUUUUUUAUCAGGCUCCAAACUGUAUGACGGAGGGAGAAAAAAAACGAAAUGUCUGAAUGAAAGCUAGCGUUAUCGCUCUGUUUCACAUGCAUCUCUGUAAAACACCUACACUCUCUCAAAGCUUCUAUAAACAGCUUUCACCUUAUUCAGUUCAUCCCAAGACUGUGGAAAGCGCUCAACAGCGACAACGACGGAGACAGCAACGGGCGAAGAACACAAACGUAUAAAUAACGGAUGGACUGGAGCUGCGAAGAAACGAAGAAAUGUGUCAAUCUCACAUUAAAAGACAUUCAAAGUCACAUUCAAAGCCAGUAAUGGAAGAAAAAGACGACUUGCCUUCUGUCUCCAAGGACUGUUUACAACAAGGAAUGAAAACUGAAGAAGAAAAAAAAAGUUCUGUGCAGCCAAACGACAUUUCCUUUAACAUAGUAGCUCAUUUUGGACUAAUCGAGGAAGCAUUCUCAGGACAUUGCCAUGACAGGUUCCAGCUUGGUUUAUCCUGUUUUUCUACACACACACUGUUUUUAUAUGUUUUAGGGUUCCAACCUGCACUCCCUAGUUCUCCUGAGCAAUACACAAGAGGUUGCUUGUUUCAUAGUCAGAGGAAAAGAUAUUGCUUCAUGUUGUACAAACGUUUGCCUAUUUAUUUAGAUUAACUUGCUGGAUGCUUCUACAGACACCCUCACCUCCUCUAAAGCACUCCGCUUAAAGCUCUCACUUUCCUCUUAACCACCAAACAGGUCCAAUGCUGUCCUGAACUUUAAGUGCAAUAUUGUUUUUUAUUUUAUUAUUAUGUUUGGUUUGUUCAUUUAUUUGGAUAAUUUUGAAUUUUUAUGGUGAAGACGAACGGCUUAAGCUCUGUAUUAACUUUAUUUGUUAAGAGAAAAAAAGCGUAGAGCUAUAAGGUUGAUUUACAACGUAAACUUUCACGAACCAUAAGUAGUUUAAUGAACUUUAAGCAAAUGAUUCUAACUGUGUUAACCCCCGGCAGCAGGCAGCUGGGGGGCGUUAUGGUUGUAAAUAUAAUUCUUUAAGAAAACUAUGUGAUAACACAUUAAAAACAAACAAAAACAAAACAACUCAUAGGUCUCUGCUGGUGAAUGUGGGACCCAGCUGUAUCUAUGUAAAUAUGAGAGACUCAAAAUUAUAAGAUGACAUGCAUUGUUUAAUAAAGUAGGUGAGCAAGAGCAGGUACAAUCUGCUCUUUCCCUGGUCAUACACUGCUUGUAAGGAGUUCUGAAAUGCAUUUUAUCAUUUUCACUGUUUACAUUUCAAAAUGCAUCUCCUAUGAUAGCAAGUGAAAACAGUAGAGUACAUUUGGUGUCAUUGCUAAUGAUAAAUAAACCAACCAACUGAUGUAA